AUGGCCACCCUCGACGAGACUGUCGUCGCCUUCCUCAAGAAGCACGCGCCCAACAACGCCGCCGACGAGACCGACGCUGUCAAGGCUUCCCAGGCCCUCUUCCCCACCGUCACCUACACAGACGCCGAAAAGACUGAGCUCAGCCAGUGGCUCAUCACUGCCUCUCACGUGGCCUCUCCCGCUGAGGAUGCCGCAAAGGCCUCGGAGCGCCUGUCGUCACUGAACACACACCUCUCCAGCCGGACCACCCUCCUUGGCGCAAAGCCCUCUGUCGCCGACAUUGCCAUCUACCAGAAGCUCGCACCCGUCGUCUCAAAGUGGAGUGCAGAAGAGAGGACAGGAGAGCAGGGAUACCACCAUAUUGUCCGUCACAUCGACUUUGUUCAGAACUCGCCAGUCUUUAGCCUCAAGCUGGAUGACAAGGUCAACAUUGACCCGGACAAUGUCGUCUUCAAGAUUAAGCCGGUAGAUGCCAAGGCUGAGAAGGAGCGCAAGAAGAAGGAGAAGGAGGCUGCGGCGGCAGGUGCGGCAGCCUCAGGCGCCACGGCUACCACCUUGACUGGAGCCCAGGGUCAGAACGCACAGGGAGGCAAGAGCAAGGCAGACAAGGCAAAGGCAAAGGCAGACGCAACUGGAUCUGCCGUCGCAUCAGCAGUUGCUGGUAACCCGACGAGCGGCAUUCCUGAGGGUGCACCAACCGAGAAGAAGAAGAAGGAAAAGAAGGAGAAGCAGCCCAAGCCUCAGAAGGCUGCGCCCGUCGAGAAGCCUCUCUCUCCCGCCCUCAUCGACCUCCGUGUAGGCCACAUUCUCAAGGCCGAGACCCAUCCCAAUGCCGACUCAUUGUACGUUUCCACCAUUGCAUGCGGCGACGCUCCCGGCACAGACAACACAUCCGAGUAUGAAGGCCAGAUUGUUCGCACCGUAUGCUCUGGUCUCAAUGGCCUGAUUCCCCUUGAGGAGAUGCAGAACCGCAAGAUUGUCGCCGUGUGCAACCUCAAGCCAGUCACAAUGCGCGGCGUCAAGUCGUGUGCCAUGGUCCUUGCCGCAUCACCGAGAGUUGCAGAGGGUGAGGAUAGCCACAAGGGCCCUGUCGAGUUGGUGAACCCCCCAGCUGAAAGCAAGGCUGGUGACCGAGUCUACUUUGAGGGCUGGGAGGGCGAGCCGGAGCCGGUGCUCAACCCCAAGAAGAAGGUCUGGGAAACCAUUCAGCCUGGCUUUACUACCACCGAUUCUCUGGAAGUGGGCUUUGAUGUCGGUGUCGUGCCACAGUUGAGCGGCGAGGGUGCGGAUAAGAAGACGGGUGUCGCCAAGUUGAGGACCAAGGAUGGUCUGUGUAGCAUUCCAACUCUCAAGGGUGGCGUAGUACGAUAG